CCAUAACGGCUCGGAAACCCAACUCUGAGGGAGACAAGGUCCAGAUGCUCCCGGAAGAUUCACGAACUCAUCAACAGAUUAUCCAGUGAGUUCUGGAUUUGUCCUCUCCUUCUUAUAAAUAUCUAACUGAUCGUUUCUGUCAGACAUCCAAGAACAAGCAAGCAACUCUCGAGGGACUUUCUCACUGCCAACAAACGCUUUGCCGGCUACUUUCUAGCCAACCAAAUACUUCUCUUUUCUUUGUUUUUAAUCAAUCUGCGCAGAACCUUUAACAAUGUCGCUCAUCCCAAGCUUCUUUGGAAACCGACGCAACAGCGUUUUUGAUCCCUUUUCCCUUGACGUAUGGGAUCCAUUCAGGGACUCUCCCUUUCCGUCCUCGUCUCUUGCCCAUGAGAAUUCAGCGUUCGUGAGCACGCGUGUGGACUGGAAGGAGACGCCGGAGGCGCACGUAUUCAGAGCUGAUCUCCCCGGGAUGAAGAAAGAGGAAGUGAAAGUAGAAAUCGAGGAGAAUAACGUGCUGCAGAUCAGUGGUGAGAGACACGUGGAGAAGGAGGACAAGAACGACACUUGGCACCGCGUUGAGCGCAGUAGCGGCAAGUUCUCGAGGAGGUUCAGGUUGCCGGAGAACGUGAAGAUGGACCGGGUGAAGGCUUCAAUGGAGAACGGGGUGCUAACUGUGACGGUGCCUAAAGCGGAGGUGAAGAAACCUGAUGUUAAGGCCAUCGAGAUUUCUGGUUGAGUGUUUCAAUUUCGCGAAAGACUUUGUUGAAAUCUCUCGAUGUACGAGCGCUAAUGUAUUUAGAAAAAUUUUGUUUCUUCUCCUGUGAGAGAGAACAAAUCCUUUUAAGUUGUCGUCUCGAAGAGAGGUCAUGGCUCUGCUAUUCAUGUUUUCAAGCUAAAUCCGGAGAGAGAUGUGCGCUCUUGUCUAUGGAAACCAGGUACCGUUCAGUUUGGUCUGCUCUGCCUUUUUUUUAUUUAACCAAAAGCAUCCAGUACUUUGGCAUGUUAUUAAUACUUCAAAUACGUAGAUGGCUAAGAGGAGUACUAUGUCAUACAAAUUGAAUUAAUUAAUGACCCUGAGAAGGGUUAAAAUCAUUCUGAUUGAACUGUACAGAUUAUACAAAAAAUUCAAGAUCAGGUUAAUUCUCUGUUGCCAACAUCUGGGCAACUCGUCUUGAAAUAGACCCCCUUUCUAGUUGAUGUUGAGACUUAAUUCUAAGGCUGUAAAAUCCUUAUGAAAAACUUGAGAAUCAUUCUUAGAUAAAUAAAAGAUAAGAUCAAGAUAACUGGUGGGUCAAGAACACUAAAAUUCAUAUGAGCAGAAGCUAUGGGUGAAAUUGUCUGAUCUUUUCUUUUAGUUUAUUUAACAGGAUAAUUGCUUGUUCUGGAUCCCAUUGACACAGUUGGAUUCAACCAUGUAGCUUGUAUACGGAAAA